UUCGUCUCGUACGCCACCCCAACAGCACAAUGGCGAUCAUCCAGACUUUACUGCUGCUCGUUUUGAUACUUGGGUUCUCCCAAGCCCAGACUGACUGGCCAGAGAUGAAACCAAAAAUAGACACAUUCAUAAAUGAGAUCCUCGAAUGCAGAGGAAAAAUUGGGAUGAACCUUGCGAUUGUGCAGGACAACGAACCUCUUUAUACGACGGGCUACGGCUAUGCGGAUUUGGACAACAUGGUACCCGAUGAUGGCGAAACUAUUCACUUUAUAUAUUCCAUCAGCAAGUCGUUUGUUGUAACAUUAUUCGCCACAGUGAUAGAAGAGACGGAGAUAUCGUGGGACUCCUUGAUCACAGAUUUGUUGCCGGACUUCCGAUUUCGAGAUGAGGAGAGAAAUAAAGGAAUGCAGUUGAGAGACUUGCUUGGUCAGGCGAGUGGCAUUCCAGAGAGACUGGGCGGGCCUUACAAUUCAGUUGCAGAGUUCGUAAACGUGGUCAAAUGCACUGAACCGGUUAUGGGGAUGCGACAGAGUUUCUGCUACGUCGAUAAAAAUUAUUACCUUGCUGGUGCGAUACUUGAACAUCUGACAAACAAAUCCUUCUCGCAACUGAUGCAUGAACGAAUCUUAACCCCACUGAAGAUGAACUCGACAUUUCCAUCCCUCGCUCAUCGUUAUAAUGAGUCCCUUGGCAAGUUUGCGUAUGGUUAUCGAUUAGUUAACGGAGAGGUUGUGGUCAGCGAUUCACCUGGUACUGAAGGUGAAGUCACUGAAACUUUAGUGGCGGCAGCAAUGGGGGCCAUGUCAACAGCAGAAGAUAUGGCAGAGUACAUGAAGUUCCACCUUGGUGCGUAUAGAAAUGACGGAUCCCUCAAUUCAAUUGUUGAUCCUAACAUAUUGAGGGAAAUGUACAAACCGAACCAAGUCAUCAAUUUUUACACAUCCUUCCUUGAGAUUGAUGGUCUGGAUGAUAUUGAUGAAACAUGGAGAGUGUAUGCUUAUGGUAUGGGAUUUUGGAUGGGGAAUUUCAGAGAGAGCGACUUUAUACAACACGGCGGUUAUGGAACACACGAUACUAUAAUGACACUGUUCAAGCAAUGGAAUCUUGGCAUUUAUACUUCCCUUACUGGACCCCAUGGAGUUGAUUCGCACGCAACUAUGUCGUUCAUUCACUUUUACAUCGCAGACAUCCUCCGUGGUAACACUCCUAUCUUCAACAUCAGUUACGCGUGUAAUUACACUCUUCCUGCAAAGGAAGGUGGAUAUUGCGGACGUUUUGAAAUACACCCUGAUACAAGCAUCGAUAAGACCAAAAACACAACCUCCCCUGUCGAAACCUACUCUGGAAGCUAUGCAAAUCUUGAUGACGAAGCCAAAAUAAAAGUUGAUCCAAACAGAGCUACAUUAGUUAUGACGAAAGGAUGUGAGGAGUACCAUCUUUACCCGAGUGGAGUUCCCCAUGCUUUUGUAGCUGAAUCUACAGGAGAAUGUUACGGAUGCGCUAAACGUGUUGUCUUCACCAUUUUAUCAGAAACUGGAUUGGUCGAUGAUUUUUCAAGUCUAAGAAUAGAUGAUGUUGAAUUCCAGAAUUCCAGAAUGAAACCAGAAGAGAUAAAAUGUGAUGUAUCGUUGGCAAGUGAUACCAACUUUUCUCGGCUUUGUCUGUAUUCUAUGAUGGCUUUUGCUCUGACUGCUACAACAAUAAUUUAAAAAAAGAUUAAGCCCUUUAACACGUAAUAUUUUGAAAUAAGAGUAAAUCAUCAAGUACAGAAUAAAUUGUAUAACUUCCAGAAAUAAACUCAUCGCUGGUACGACACCA